AUGGGAAACGGGGUGUCGGCCCCACAAGGGGGCGCGGGCCCCGGCGCCCCUGCGUCAGCACCGCAUGGUUCCCCAUUUAUUUCUUCGACAGUUCUUUCUUCCUCGCCUCCGCGUCGCCGCCCCCCUUCUGUGCUCUUGCCCGCUUCCAGCGAAGCACAAGGCUCAGGCGUCCUCACGAGCAGGACCGCCUGCUACGCUGGUGCAGAAACACUCCCCCUCACGCCUCCCAAGCAGCACCAGCGUGCGUUGAAGGCACUGCCUCCGCCCCUGCCUCUUCCUCCUUCGCUGGCAAAUCCUGCCCUUCCUCCGCCCCCAUCUUCGACGAGGUCGGAGCCGCCGUAUCGCUCGCCGUGGCCUCCUUCCUCUCCCGACUCUCUGUCGCCGUGUUCGUCCGGCCCGGUCCAGCCCCCGUACCGGCGGGCGUGUGGGUCAUCCGCCUUCAGGAUAGCUGCGCCGGAGUCGACUCACAGCGGCACCACACUCGUUCCCGAAUCGGGUCUCCACGCGCUGAAUGAAAGCGACUUGGGGGACAGUUCGCGCCUCGCAGCCUGCCCAGACAUGGCGUACGGUGUCCUCUCGUCGGAAGGCGUGAAGACGAUGCGAGAGGCCGACAGCCCCGCGGCUGUUUUGGUGGGAACCGUGUCGACGGAGAGGCAAGCAGAUGGGCAUCACCUGUUGUGUCCGUCGUUCGAACCUAUUGAAAACGAGGACAUGAUUGAAAGGUGCCUGGUGCCUGGUUUGUCUGCUGGCGUGUCCUCCAGAGAAGCUUUGGCUGGCUCCGCUGCCAGGUCUCGCACAUUUGAGCAAGGGAAGCUGGGGAUGAUGGGCCCAGGGGCGCGCCACCGCUCGCUUUCCGACGAUGAAACCUGCGCAGUCGGGUCCAGCGGAACUGCGUUGUGUCUCCCGAGCGCCAGCCCGCCCAUGGGUGCCGCAGACAGGAAGCGAAAGGGAGCUGUCCCUCUCAGGGAUCACAGCUCCUUUCUCCCCCCUUCUGACAACGGAACACUGCUGUCUUCGCCAGACGUCGCAGGCGUACCGCUGGUGCCGUCCAUGUCUGGCUCAGGACCGGCGGGCCUCCGGAUUGGCGAAGGGAUAGGUCCACUGGAGCCACGCGAGGAACCUCGUGAGGUCAUGUCGCACGGGGGGGGUGAGGCGGGGGAGUCUUCCUCCGAGUCUGUUAAUGUCGCAACUUCACUCCGAGAGAUCGCGUCUCGGGGGCUGUUAGGCGGCAAAUGUGUCGAUAUGGCAGGAGGGACGGGGUCGCUCGUCCCCGGGGACGACGGAGCGCCCGGAAGGAAUAUCGUCGUGUUGACAGUGGACGGCGGGAUGAGUGCCCAUCGAGACUUGGCAGAUGGCGAGCCUCGCCAACCGCAUCCUUUUGCGUGGCCUUCAGGUGGGACAGGAAGCUUACGAGGAAGAGGCAGCUGUGCGCGGAGCAGUAGGGGUCGAGGGCGCUCAGCGACCGCAGCGAGCUGUACGUCUGUGCCGAAGAGUCUCAGCCGAGGGGGAGUCCUCGAGGGUUCGCUGGCGUUCGGUGUGACUCAGCCAUCCCGGAAGGAACGAGGCUUCUUUCUCCCUUCCUUUUCUUCGACGGCGAAUCUCGCGCGUGUGUCGGGCGAGCAUGCCGUCGACUCCAACGCCCCCCGCCACUGUUGCCCUCAGGUGGCGUCUGAGUCCAGUCCACACGCUCUGUCGUUUCCGGGAGUCAACUCCUGUUCAUGCUGCGGGAGAGGCCAGGUGAAUUCGGCCGUGUCCCCCGCCUUCCAUUUCCGUGCGUGUGCGCAUGCGCCCGGUGGGACCCCAUGUUCGCCUUGCAGCGACGGCGCGGAACAGAACGUGCCCUCUCUGCGGCGAGGCCGAUCCUGUCUUGGUGAAUCGGCUUCAGCGAGGUCGCCGUCGGACACUGCUGUCUAUGUCGCUGCGCCUCCGGCGGGCGGGGACAUCCAAGGAGACGAGCGCGGGGACUCUUUGGACAGCGCGACGCAUGCGUCAGCUGUAUUAGCAACAGACAAAGAUAAGGAGAAAGCUUCCCCAGCCUUUUGCCAUAAUUGCUGCUCGCGCGGAUGCCUGGCUCCAGCGUCUGUCUCCGCGUUGACUCUCUCCGCGUUGCCUCCGCAGAGCAGGCCGGCUUCGAUUAAGGGCGCGGGCGGUGCCGCGGGCACCGCUUACACUCGCGGGAGGACACAGUGCUGCCCUUCGCAUGCGUCGGACCAUUGUCCUUCGUUCGUGGGCACCGCUGAGUGUUUGUCAUCGGGGGGGGGCAACACAAGCGGUUUCUCCGGUCACACUACGUCAGCGGCGGCGGUUUCGCCAUCUUCCUCUUUGGCAGAGUCCUGCGCGUAUUCCCACCUCCAAAUUUCGGCUGCUGGCGCGUCGGCGGGCGGAGGCACGAGGCUCCUUGCCAACUCGAUGGCCGUUUAUGAGGCGCGGCGUGCCGCGGCGGGAUGUGUGCACCUGCGGAGCAAGGGCGCAGCAGUGGGCAUGGUUCAAGAUGUUGCUGUCUUCUGUCAAGAGGCCCGGUGCGUGCCCCUGAAGGUGACGGCAGAAUGCCGAGCGGCGGAGGACUUCUGCCAGAAGCGACCUGGAAACAGCUUGCGUCCAGGUGGGAGAGGAGAGCGCGGGCUAUCUGCGUCGUCUUCUCAAGAUGAAGUCAACCUUGUGUCUGAUCGUAGUGAAUCUGGUGAGCUGGCGGAGGACCAGCCUAUCGGCGAUUGGACCUGCGGGACUGCGAAGAAAGCUCAUACAGCAGGCGGGCUGUCGUGUGGCGCGGAUGCGGGAAGUGAGAACCUAGACCGCAGCUACGAGCUCAACCGUGGCGGCCGACAUGGGACGCCAAAGAGGGUCAAGGCGUCGGGAUCUGCAGCUGGUGCGGAUGCGGCAACAGAAGGAGAUCAGAACAGUUGCUGCCAAGGCGCCACUAGCGAAAGGGCGGCGACUUACGGAGGUGAAGGCUCGGGGAAUGCGACAGGCUUGCCGCAACUCUGCAAUGGAGAGAACGGCGUCGUGGCCUUGCGGGCCCCUGGAGGAACUGUCACAGGAAAUGUCAGUAGCACGAGAAGCAGCAGUCUUUCAGCCCUGUCAGGGGACUCGUCUGCUCACUUUUCCUCGUGUGUCGUUGCAAAGCGGCCCCCUGCACCUGGCGGCGUCUCACUGGGGCUGGGGGGCUCCCUCGCACUGUCGUCUUCUUCCCUCUCUGUUUCCUCUGUCUCCGGAUUGCCAGCUGGUGCAGCUGGAGGUCCUCCAGUAAUGAACAACGCAACGACGUCAGCGGGCGCGUCAAGUGGAGUCCCUCCCUUCUCGCACUCUCCGCCGGCGGGCAGCAGCGGAACGGGCGGAAGUGGAGGCUUGUGUAGUGGUCAAGGAAAAGGUGGUAGCGGCGGGAGCGGAGGUAAGAAAGGCGGCGCAGGAGGUGGCGGCAGUAACGGAGGCGGCGGCGGCGGCGGGGGCGGCGGCAAUCCGUAUCCAGCGUCCUCGCGUGGGAGAGCUGGGGGGAACAAAGAGUGUCAGUCUGUUGAUUUUUACGUACGCAGUUUUUGGAAGGUUGCCAAGACGCAGAACGACCUGGAGAGCCCGACUCAGGGAUACUGCCGCGGCUUCGUGUAUCGCCUUCUGCUUCACCCGCGAGGGACCACUGGGACGGACUCCGAGGCGAGCCACUUGAGCGUGUUUCUGGAGGCCAUUCGGCAAGACUGGUACCCCGACGACUGGAUCUUUCCAAAUGUCCGCUUCGAGCUGACUGUGGUGAAUUUCAAAGACCCCAAACAGUCGGUCACGUCGUGGGCCCACUGGAGCUUCAGCAACGAAGCGACCAGCCGCGGCUGGCAGAAGAUGAUCAGCCACGCCCGCCUCAACAAGCAGUCAGGGUUCAUGGACGAAGACGGCACAGUCCUGGUUCGCGGGAAAGCAGAGCCACCUUUCGCCUCGUUGUGGUCGCGGGGGCCCGUCUACAGGCCUCACCGGAUCUGGGAGUAUAUCCCCGAACGAGCUGCGAAGGCCCUCGAGGAUGUCUCCUCGUCCUGCAGCGCAGCCGCCGCCGCGCUGACAGCCGGCAGCGGCAGCUCGGCGUCGUCGCAGGCCUGCGGCACGCAGUCAGCUACCUUGGCCGUCGCGGGGAACCCUUCAAAUGGAGCCACAGGCGCCACUUUGCCGAGGCUGAAGACGCCCACGGCGUCUCUCCUGUCUUACGUCGAUCCUAUUGUCCCCACUUUGGAUUCUUCACUCGGAGCCGACUACGUCGCGCUCUUUGUUCACUGCCUCUUCCACCUUUGUGAGUUCCGCAAACACAUCUACAUGUGGAAAAGCGAUUUCAUCAAGGCGCCCACGGCCGAGCAGCUCGCGCAGGACCCGUCUCUUGCGGCUCAAAUCCCUUCCUUCGCUGACGGCUCUCUUAUCGGCGCUCUUCAACAGACAUUCGCGUACAUGCAGCUCUGGCCUGUCACCGUGGCGUGCCGUCGUCUUCAGCACCUGGCGGCCUCGUCCUCGUCAACUCGGAAGGAGAUCUGCCCGAGUGAAAUUUGGAAGUGGUACGGCGCAGAGCUGUUUCCGAAGAACUCGCCCUCUCGGGGGUCGCCUCCUCCGCCUCUUUCUUCUUCCUCUUCACGCCUCGCCUUCUGCACGCUGUGCAAAAGAUGCACUUGCUGCUGCCGCUGCAAGACAACCGCGUACCACGCCACAGCCUCCAGCCCGUCCUUUCUCCAGUCGGGGAUGACUGGCAGCCCGCCCAGUGAAGGGGCAGGCAGGAGAGGAGACGAAGACGAGGCGAGGAGCUUCAGAAGAGUGAGCAGCGGCUCCUCCGAGGAUCCAGAUCUGCUGCUGAAGCAGCUGAAACUCGACAGGGACACGUGCCUCUGCUGCGACCUCUUGGACCGGUAUCCUGAGGCGAUGUCAGAUAUGCCCCCGCAGCCGAAUAUCAAGGCGGUGCUGAAAGCUUUGCACAUGCACGACGUGCAGAAGAUGGAUGUGCCCGACCCGCUUGUUAAAGUCCACACGGAGCUCUUCUCGCUGUUGAUGAGAGAGCUGGCGAAAGCCAAGCUCGAGGCUCACCAUGCUCACGAGUACCAGGCCCGCGCAGUGGCUGCUGCUGCGGCGGCUGCGGCUGCAACGGCGCCUUUUUCUGCGUUUGCGAGCAACAGGGGGGAGCAAGAUGCCCCCGAAGGCGUACCACCAGCAGCGAAUACCGGACCUGCGGCUGCCGUGUGGACGGAUGUGGAUGGCGUCGCGUUCACCUCCUGCGAUCACUUGGAGGCCACGUGUCACGAACUCUUCUCCUCUUCAGAUCGGUCGACGGGGCUGCUAAAUGCGGACGGCGUACCGGACAUUUCCGCAGGGUUCACGCGGUGCAAGCACGUGCACUCUCUGCAGAAGGCACUCGAAUCGUGUGGGAAGGUCCUUCAGCACUUCCCCGAGGUGCUUUUUGUGUAUCUCCAGUCAGUUAAACAGUGCAAGAAGGGCGAGCUGUUCGAUGCGCCGCUGCGGCUCGACGCUCACAAGUUGCUGCAGGUGCAUCAGCCGCGGAAUGCGGCGGGGAAGGGAAACGCUGAAGGCAGUCAGAAGGGGGCGGGCGGAGGCGCCGAGCGAGGAGCCGGAGGGGGAACCGGUGUAGUUGACCGCGAGAAGCAGCGAAGGCGUCUCCGGAAGAAGCUGCAGCAAUCUAGGAAAGGGAACAAGAUGUCGAGGGACGCGCCGGAAGAAGAGUCGGAUAUCACUGAAGACGAGGAGCUAGCCAUCAGCGACGACGAUGAAGUGGGAAGCACACAGGGAGGAUACGGAGACAGCGACAAAGGCGUACAGGGGAAGACCAGCGACUCAGCCAAGAACGCGUCGUCUGCUCAGAUGCCGCCGACAGCAGGGCAGGGCGCUCAUGCACAGGGCGGCGUGGGGGGGGCGGUCCCUGGGGGUGCCGCGUCCUCGGCCGCGACGAGCAACGGGGGAAGCUCGGGAAGCAUUGGGAACCAGGAGAAGUGGUUUUCUCUUUUCGCGCUCUUCAUCCGAGAAGGAGACAGCCGUGGUGACGGGUGUGGCGCCCAGACGUCGCACUACCUUCUUCUCCGCCCUGAAGAGGACGGCCCUUGGUUCCGCAUCGGCGACGGCCGCGUGGAGCGACUCAGCAGCAAGGUGGACUUCACCGAGUGGAAGUGCCAUCGCGACUUCUUCUGUGCGGGCGCAGUAUACAUUGCUGAGGACUACAUCGACGCUGUGCAGGCGGGGGACGUCGACCUGUCUGGCGACCUGCGGGAGUUGAACCCGUGGCUCUACUACAGGACGUUGUACGAGUUGGGGGUGACCGAGGCCGAGAUCAAGCGCCCCUGGAUCACCUUGCAAAGCAGUGCAGACGAGGGACAAGCCGCGACCACCUCGUCGUGCGCCUCGAGCUCCCCCCUUCCGUGCGGAAGUGGCGGUGGGCUGUCGGUUGGUGAAACGCCUGCCUUCUUUCCCCUGGGCGGCGACGCUGCUGCUGCUGCUGCAGGCGAGGCCUCUGAGAAACGCGAAGACAGUGACGCUGCGCACCUGAGCGCAGAGUCGGGACCGGCAAGCGACAUCGCAGACAGCAAAGCCGCAGGAUCAAGCGGCUUUGCACAGUCUGCAUGGCUGGGCGAAAUGGGUGGAGCCUCCGCAGGAGCCGUGAUGGCAUCCCAACGGGGUUCUGCCGCCGCACGCGGUUGUCCGCCAUCGAGCAUCGUCAGGGCGCCCCUGGCGCCAGGAUCCUCCGAGACGGAGGAGAGUCUCUUCUACGCGUGUUUUGAAUCGGGGUGGCGGCCGCAGACGCCUGCAGAGGAGAGGCGGUACACUGUCUUGGCGCCUGUUGCCAAGUGGAUUUUCGAGGUCGCCAUCGAAAAGGCUGUGAUCUUCUCAGACAACUCGCCCGAGAUCGUCGAAAACCACUACUGGUUUGUCCUCCGCAUGCAGUACCUCGAAAAGAUCUUGCUGCUCGAGCUUCGCCACGCCAUUUGCGAGGUCCUGUACGACGAGUGGCUGGCGAACUUCGUGACGCCGUUCCUGUCGGCUUCGCAGCAGUCCGCACUGGCUGAGGCGGAGGCGCAGGCAGACGACGGGGGGGCCGCGGCUGCUGCGCCGGCCUCUGUUGUCAUGCCGGCGGGCACACAGCGCGCGGACGCGUGUGACGACGCUGCGUCCUCGAAGGCCACAGGCGGGAAAGGAGGGGAGAAGAAGAGGAAGAAGGGAGGCGCCGGCGGAAAAGCCGAGCAGACGGCUGAGAAGCCAGGCUCCGCGUCGCCGCCGCGCGUGGCUCACCGCGAGGCUGCCGAAGUGAUUGCGCGGUGGACUCGCACACAUUUGUCAGACAAUGGACGCUUGCUGGUGGAUGAGAUGGGGACUCUUUUGAAGGAUCCGCUGCAUCGUCUUGUCGACAAAAUCUGCACCCUCCGUCACGAAGUCGAGAUUCUCUGCCGAGAAGGCAGAGGCCGCUCGCUGCUGUACCGCGUGAGCAACGGACCCGUCUCCCCCGGGUCUUCGGACCCGUGUGCACCGGCGCAGCCAGCAUCGGCCGGAAAAGCUGAGCCCGGAGAAGCCCCGCUCCCCGCUGCAGGCGCGGCGUGGACGGGGGGCAGCGCAGAAGAGAGCGACCAUAGGGGGCAGCAGGCGCCGAAGGAAGAAGAGAGCGCCGCGUCAGCCGAGCUCAGACAGGCAGUCACGGAGCGGUUGACAGACCUGUGGGCUUGCUGCCGCGUGUGUGUCGAGGAGAGCGCGGAAAUCCUCGCGAGGUACACGGUCGAGAGGUUCGGUGCAGGCAGCUGGCAAGCAGGCGACACCGCUGGACGCAGCGUUCGGAACCCAGGCGGGGCUGAGGCACGAGAGGAGGAGGCGUCUGGUUUGGCGCAGCAGGCCGACACGACGAGACGGGAAGGUGACGGGAAGGAGAGCGGAUUUCAGGGGAGAGGUAGCUCGAGCGCGGACGCCUCGGGUAAGACCUCUUCGUCUUCGCAGGCUCCUGCUUCCCCGUGUUAUGCGUCCGAGGCUGCGGUGGCGUCCCCCCCAUAUCCUUCGGCCGCGCUGCCAGGAGGGGCUCAGGGGACCGGUGGCGCGCUUGACCAUCUGGGUCAGGAGUACGACCUGCCGAUUGACGAGACGGUCGAGCUGUUGGCUUUUUUGGCGGAGGCCUUUUGCCUUCCGGACUUCCGCACCAUGCGGCGGUUCCUGCGGGACAGGCGGCACCUGGUUUUCGAGCGAGUCCGCCCUCACGAGUUGAUUCGAGCCUACUUGUCCCUUUCGCGCCCCGAAGUCCACCUGCCUGCUUUCCUCGAGGAAAACGGCUACAACGUGAAGUGGUGCGAGGCGGCCUUCCAGCCAGAAGACGUCUCGGCUAUAUGGGGCGACGCGUCCGUCCCUGACGUCGCGGCGGUGCAGAGCGUGUCCAGGGGCUUCCAGCUCCCCCGGGCGGUCAGCUCGGUGCUGCUCCGGUUGUUAGUCACUGCGCUCGAUUGCGGGCCGGGCGGAGUAGAGGGCGCGGCGCCAGCGAGAGGGCAGGAGAGCGAGACAGCGAGUGCGGAGGCCGCCGAGAAGCGGUUCUCCCGGACAAGCAAAGCGAAAAAACCGGCGGCGCUGCAGAAGGAGAGGUUCCUCACGGCUGCGAGUAGCGCUUCUGGCGGCUCCGCUCCUUCGGCGACGCAGCCUGGAAGCCAUGAAAGCCCCCAGGCCGAGACCAAGGGAUCGCGAUCGACGGAGGAACGGGGCGGGGCCGCAGACCUUCGGGGCGAUGAAAAUAUCCGCCACAGCGUCGCUGAGGACGUAGCCAUUAUCGUCCGCGCAAUGGAACACGAUUGCCCUGAACUCGCUUCCCCUGCGCCGCUCCAGCCUCCGGUGGAUUCCCACGCGGACUCUUCCGCAGAGACCGCAGCGGGCGUUUCCCCACCGGGCCUCGCUGCAGGGAGCUCGUCUCUGUCUCCUGCAGAAGCGCUGGUGGCAUGCGGAGUGCCGCAGGGAGUGCCUGCGAGAGAGAUGCAAGAAGAGUACGCGUCCCCGUUGGCGAUGGUUCCCAAGAUCCCGUUGACGCUUCCACUCGCGCCGGCAUCAGAGAAGGGUCUGGCGUCCCAGGGUGCAGCUGGCAAGUUGGGACGGAAGAAAGGCCGGGGCGGGGAGUCGGGCGGAGGCAGCAGCUCCAGCCCCGCGGAUCCCACACAGGUUGUUCCUGUUUUGGAUCGCAUUCUUCCUCGGCUGAACUUCGAGCAAAGAGUCGCUGCCGCCGCAGAUCCUGGAGUCUUCCUUCUGUGCCCCGCUGCAACGUCAUCGACUCUUUCUUCCUUUGCAUCGUCCCCGCGAGUCUCUCGCUCGCUGGCUUCGCCGACCGGCGCAGGCGGGGCCGCGACGCCGUCCUGUGGAGAGCCGCUUGCAACUUCGGCUCUAGCCUCAAAGCCAGGACUGGCGACAGCCAGCUGCUUCCCUGCGUCCUCCGCUCCAGUCUCCUCUCCGCACGGCGUGGCAAGCGCCGCGGCACUCGAGAGAGAGUUGCUGGGUUUGGGAGACAGCGGAGUCGCAGCGUUCUCUCCUUGCAUCCCUGGGGCGGCGAGGGGCGUGAACGGCGGGGGUGGCAACGCCUCGGCUGCAAACAACGCGUGCCGACGGCUGAGGUACCACGGCCUGGAGGUGGGCCUGCUUCUCGCUGAAGACCUUAAGGGCCUGGAGGGUUUCUCAAUAGAGGAUUCGCUUCCGAUCCGCGCGCGACUUCUCGUCCGCAAGAACGUCGCGGCUCCUGGGCCCCCGCCUGCAGCCAUUGCCGCCGGGUCCGCGGCCCCCACACCUCCGACCCCCCCAGCCUCGUCGCCUUCUUCGUCUCCGUCUCCCUCGUCCGGUGCGUCGGCCGCGCCGAACGCGGUCGCGGCCGCGGGCAGCGCGGUCAGUGCGGCGACCCAGACGCCGCCCGCAGUCUCUGAGCCCCUCACUGUCCAGCGCCUGUACUGGGCUUUCCGUCGCCUCCUUCACGCGCAGAUCGAGGAGCGCGAUGUCUCUGCGGAUGGGACAGCCUCGGCGUCGUCUUCGGCAGUGAAAGGAAAAGGGAAGAACCCGACGACCGCAAAGGCCUACGAGCAGCAGCUGACCCUUUUGAAUCAGCAAAGCGAAAGGGAGCUGUGGUGGCUGCCCACGGCGCGAGAUGCGUUCCUUCUCUAUGCGCUGAGACCCGACCCUGAUCCCACACGCAAAGGGCGGAGACGGUUCGUCUACAUGGAUCCCUUGGAUGAGUUAGAGAUGUACACUGACUCGAAGCGGCAGCUUGUAGACUCGUCGGCUCCAGAUAUCACGCUCUUGUUCAUUGCAGCGCCUCAACGAUGUUGUACUGAGGCCUCAGCGUGGCUGAAGGGGUCAGCCUUCUCCUCUACGGUCGCGAACGCCGCGUCUUCCGCUGCUGCGGGGAUCGUUCUGCCGCCUCCAGCUCUCACUUUCCCGCUGGAGGACGCGGAGGAAUUUCCGCUGCUCGUCUUCAAGUGGUUUUCCGCCGACUCGGUGGACCUCUUCUGCGUCGGCGCGCUUGUCUGCGACGCCAAGCAGCAGCUGCAGACAUACAUUCUAGACUGGCUCGUCCCGCAGGUCAGGGCCCGCGGCUACCUGUCGCCGCUGUCUACCAGCACAAUCAAAGACGACGCGGACAACUUUCUCGUCCUCGAGGAGUGCCAUCUGCGAACUGUCCAGAACAUCCGCCGGUGGAGCUGCGCCAUUCGAAAGAUCAACAAACGCGGCGGAGACGUCAUCAUCGUUCAGAAAAAGGGACUAAUUGAAAGUCCAGCUUCCAUUCGCUACAGGGAGAGCUCCGCCCUUCUCGAGAAAGUCCGCCUGUACGAGGUGAGCCAUCAGCAUCACUACGCCGAAGCAGGAGGAGCAGCGGGCGAGUUCGACUUGGGAGAAGGGCUGGGGACGGCGGCCCUCCCUCCCCUGGCGUCGACUGUCUCCGGCGCGGCCGGCAGCGGAGACUUCCUUCUCGAAGGCAACCCCGACCUCCUUCCUCUUCUUCAAGACGGCGCGGCAGCGGGAGGCACCGGCGACCGGGAGAGAGGCCUGCUGUAUGGGUCGCAGCCUCUCGACGAGGGGGAUGAGGACGGCGGCGCGGGCGGCGGCGGAGGAAAGAAGAAGAAAAAGAAACAGAAGAGGGUGCUUCCGCGGGCCGCGAUCCCCAGCAACAAAAAGAGUGUCAUUGCGCGCCUGGCAGAAGAUCAGCGUCGAGAGGAAACAACUCUCCUGAAGGCCGCCGCGAAAGACAAUGAGAAGGAAAUUUCCAUCUCACAGGAGGACUUGGGUGCUGUGCAGUCGUCCGUCUCCACCACAACGGUUGGAGAGGCGCCGUCUGUCGCUUCGGGAUCUUCCGCCUCGGCGGAUAAAGGCGGAAAGAAGAAGGGGAAGGCCGCUGCUGCGGGCGAUGGAGGUGUCUCCGAGGAAGAGGAGGAGCCAGCGGCGUCGACGGCCAAGUCCGUGAAGAAAUCCUCUUCGAAAGAGGCGGCAAAAGAGGAUCGCCUCAAGCUCGCGGAGGGAGCUUUAUCGGAUAAAGGUGCGUCCGCGACGCGAAAGAGUGGCGGCGGAGGGGCGGUGACCGCUUCUACGGCGGCCGGCAAGUCUUCGUCUGCUUCGGGGACGACCAAAGAUGCAGGCGAAGGGGCUGCUGCCAAGUCGGCUGGCGGGAAGCAGAAAGGCAAAACAGAGCCUGCUGCUGCUGCAGGCGGCAAGUCGGCGUCUGCGUCCUCGAGCGCCAAAGCGAAAGGAUCUGAGGAGAAGGCAGCCGAGGGAACCGGACCGAGCAGCCGCACCGACGGCGUGGGGUCGAGGAGUGCUCCAUCUGCCGCUAGCCCCGCGAAGGAAGACGCAGCCGCGUCGGAUGCUGCUUCGGCGCCGCGUCAGAAGAAAGGCAAGACGACGUCCACAGGGCCUGUCUCAGCAGGAGCGGGGAAAGCCGCGAGCACUGAGCGCGCUGCGGGGUCUCGACCUGCGGCAAGCGGCGAAGACCGAGCAGAAGAACGGCGCGGCGAAGCUGCAAGCGUGGAGACGGGAGGCGCGGCGUCGCCCAGCUCUGCGUUGCUGGGCUCUGCGUCGGCCUCUUCGCCGCCGCUGUCUCCGGCGUCUUCGACACUCUCCCGCGGCUCCUCCUUCAGCCUGGUGACUUUGCCUGUCGCAGUGCAGGGCCGCCUGUCUCCCGCAGCGCAGCAACUGCUACAGAAGAUCUCGGACAAGCAGCACGUCGUGUCGCCCGCGCUUCUGCGGGAGGCUGCGGCGACGCUUCUCGACGAGUUCCUCUCGCGCAUCAGCCAGAUCUAUCAAGACGCGGUCGCGGGAGAGGCCUUAGAACGGCGGGGGGCCGGCGAGACGGCCGGCACCGCAGAGAAGAAGGAGCGGACUGCUGCAGGGUCGCCGGUGUGUGAAAGAGGAGGCGCGACCGCCGACGGAGCGGCGGCAGGCGGUGCGGGCGGCGCCGGCGGACAUCUCGCGGCGUCGGCCUCCUGGGCGACGCUCGUAGGAGCCGGAGUAGGCAGCGUCGCAGUUGACGAAAUCUCAGAGUGCGCAGAGGCGCUUGAGACCAUCUGCUCGUCUUGCCUGUCCACCCAGCAGCGGCCAAUCUUCAUCAAGGAAGUGCAGCUUCUGUUGGAGCAGGAACUCCAGGGCCGCAGUGAGAAGGAAGACUCUCUCGGAGAGGCGAGGUCGGCAGCUGCUGGCGACGCGGCGGGAGCCACGAACCAGAAGGACGCGGUUGGAGAGAAAGGCGGGAAGAGCACUGGCGCUGUAGGGGCUGCGAAGGCCAGGAAGGGAAACUUCUAUUCAGGCGUCGCCGCAGGCAAGGUGUCGUCGGCGGCGCAGGAGGCAUCCGCGAGCGACGCACGUCUGGCGGCGUUCCACCGCCUCUUCGCGUCCCGUCGUCGAGCUGCGUUCGAGCUGUUUGUCCUCCUUUCCGUCACGCGCGGCGGCCAGCUGGUGACGCGGAAACUCGUGGCGCAGUACUGUCUCGCGGCGUUAGACAGAGACCCGGCGAGCGACGCGGCGGGGGCGAGCGCGUCGGCUCUCUUGGGCACUGCGUCCGUCAUCCUCAUGUGGCUCUUCUUGGGCCCGCGGCUGAUUUGCAAGCUCGGAGACAGCCAGCAAGGCAGGCGGUUCAUCGACGGCGGCUUGAGGAAGAUCUUUGACUUCUUUCAGCAGCGGACCGCUCUCUGCCUUCAGCUGCAGCAAUCCUUCCCGCCGUCGUCCUCGCUCCUCGCUUCGCCCACCGCGGCGCUGAGUGCGACCCUCAACACUGGCGGGGCUGCGCCGCUUGGCGGGCUUCACCCUCUGGGUUGGGCGCAGCCCCGAGCGGACCCUGCGGCCCUCGUCGCGUGGGCUGCGGGCGUCCUCUUGAAGGUCUUCCACCUUUCGCGGGCGUCUCAGCUGGCGCUUCCCCGUCAGGCUGACGCGCUCACAGCCCUCCAGCACAUCCAGCUGCCGUCGGCCUUCGCCACGUUCUUCAGCAAAGCGGGAACGGCCGCCUCCUCUGCCUCGCCGGCGAGUGUAUGGGGCGCGGGAGGGGCUGGGCUCCUCGCGACUGCGGGUGCAGCCGGCUCCGCGAGCGCGGCAGGCGAGGCGUCGUCUGCAGGGCUUGCAGGAGAUGGACAGGAUGCGCUGACGGGCGCGGGAGGCCGAGAAGGCGGAAAGCAACUGCCAUCACCGGCGGCGCGGGGCGGCGGUGCCCUCCUUCUGCCGCCCUUGUCGGCGGCGACCGCGCCAGGAGGCGCCGCCGCGUCGACGAGUGCCCCCGGCUGGGGAGGCGUCAGCGCGCUUGCGGAGAGCGUCCAGGGCGGGCUUCCGGAGGACGGCGCCAAGAGGACUGCCUCUCAGCGCGGCGGCCAGGUUCAGGGACAGGGUCUCGAGGCGACUGUGUUCAGCCCCCUCGCCGCAUCUAAGGCGGCAGGCGCCAGCGAAGGCUCGACUGGCGCGGAGACAGCGCCGGCGGCUGGAUCCGGGCGGGCAGGGGCCCUGAAGGGGACGACAAAGGGAACGCCGGCGGCGGCCGCGCAAGCGGCGAAAGGGUCAGGCGUGAUGGGCGCCUCGCCAGGCUCGCCGUCGGCCGCGGUAGGCCCGUCGAAGCUUGUCGUGGCGAUUGAUGAGCGCGAAGACAGUGAAGACGACGAAGACAACGUAGACGCCUACAGAGAAGAGGGAGAGGAGGAGACGUGCGCGGAUCUGCCGUCGAGCCACGACGAUGAACUGCUCGUUGGCGAGCAGAGCUUAUACGGCAGCGGGAAAGCCCUCAGCCGGCGCGUCUUCAAGAAGGCGGCGCCUUACGUCGUGGAGGAAGGAGUGACUUGGAUGGUGCUUUACAAACCCGCGUUUUGGCAUUGUUCGGGCUUCGGCAGAGACCGACCGGUCUUCAUUCCUCGCGUUGUCACCCCUCAGGAACUAGAAGAGGCCCUCGCACACAUCUCGCUCGAAGACCUCAUCAGCAGCGGAAAAAUCGAGAGCUUCCACCUGUAUAUGAUGAAGAAAUACCCGCGGCUCGAGACAGUCCGGCGCUGGGAGGAGAUGGAGUGCGGCCUCUGCCACCGCACAGAUCUGGAAACGUCAGGCUCGUUGCUCAUCGCGAAGAACCGAAGGGCGCGCGAAUCCAUCUUUGAGCAGUUCCGGAAGCGACUUGUCCACAAGGAAUAUCUUCUGCUCUGCCACGGCCGACUGGAUAAGCUUUACGCUCGAAUCGACCACCCCAUAGCCACGCGCGACUUCGAUUCAAACCGCUCGAAGUCACACUUCUCGGAAGUCGUCGGGCCUGACGAAGGCGGCGACGAGGCUCUGACGGAGUACCAGGUCGUUCGCGUCUUCAGUCUCCGUCAGCCUCUUCACCGCAAGAUUCAGACCGCGAUGUCCGUCGCUGCCCGCAUCGCCGCCUCGCCUUCCUCAUCUUCUUCGUCUGCUACUGCGGAGAGAACACGAGGAAAUGGAGCGUCUGGGACCUCGUCUGCUGCUUCCGCCAAGGCUGCAGGGAGCGGAAAAGGCAGCCCAGUCAGCAACGCGGCGGCCGCGGCCAACAAGAAGGACUUCACCUACUCCCAGGAGUUCUCCUUCUGCAGAGUGCGCAUCCAUACUGGGCGCACGCAUCAAAUCAGGGUUCACUUCCGCCAUAUUGGUCAUCCACUAGUGGGCGAUACGAAGUACUGCGACGUAUACAAAUGCACAGUGGACCGAUCGUGGUGCGCGCGAAUGUUCCUGCACUCUGCCGUCCUCGAGUUCGACAACCCUGACAAGGCGGAGUCUCAGCACGUCAGAGUCGUCUGCCCCCUCGCGACGGAGUUGCUGGCGGCGUUAGAGAACGAGCUCGUGUGCUCGGAAGACUACUCGCAAAUCACCACAGACAUGCUCGACCGGUCCGGGCAGGUGAAGCCGGAGUACAGGCACCUGGUCAUCCACGACCCCGCAGGGCCGCCUGCGGGGUCAGUUCCAGGGUACACCGCUCUGCCCACGCCGGCGUCCUCUUCGCCGUCUUCGGCGUCGCGGCCGUGCGUGUUGCCGACGCCGAGCGCCGCAGCCUCGUCUCCACCUCUGUUGCCGCUCGGCCCCUGCGCGGCGCUCAACGCAGAAGGGCGCCACGCGCCCGCGUCGCCCGCGUCCUCUCCUCUGGGGAAGCAAGCGGACGCGAGGGCACCCAUCCUCGGUUCGGCGGCUGUGGCGUCGGCGCAGAAGACGAGUCCGCUGCCGCCCGCCUCGAAGUCAUCGCCCGUGGUCCUCUCGUCAGAAAAGCCGCAGGCCGCCAGAGAGAUGGCGCCCGUCACGCUUCCGGGGCGCGCCCCCGAGGCGGGGGCGGACUCAGACAGAGGGGCAAGCGGCGGAGACGAACGAACGCGAGAUGAAACAUCGCCUUCCCACGCUGGCGAGAAGAAGCUAGUCAGAAGUGUCUCGGCCUCGGACCAGCCUCCCCUCUUGCCUGUGCAGCCCCCGUCUCCAGCGAAAGAUCUGCCUUCCAGUGCUCUGCCUUCUUCGGCCGAUCAAGAGGCCGUCCUUCCGCCUGCAGAUGCUGCUGCUGCGUCUGUCUUUGCCUCGCGCUUCUCUGGGAUCUUCGACUCGCUCCUGGAAGCCGUGAGCCGUGGCGAAGGCAGACGGGAUGGGAGAGCCAGAGGCGAAGCGGACGAGGGCCUCGAGCAGUCCUCCGGCGCCGAGAAAGCGCCCACAGGCAGAGGUGCCGGCGAUUCGCGUAGAAGAUACAUCGAAGAAGCUGACUGGUCGUUCGGAGACAUGCACAGAGCGGAGGAGCGGGGAGAGACGGGCGAGGCGGGCAUUAUUGGCAGCGAGCGUGAAGGACGGACAGGCAGAGAGAGGGGGGAGUGGUCAUACAGGGAGUUUGCCAACGACCUGGCGGACCUCAUGCGCCUCCCGCCCAGGGAGAAGGAUGUGUCAGGUCUCCGUCGCCUCACAGAUGCUGUGGCGACAGCCCCCCCGUUUCCAUCUGUGCGAGAGGAGGAAGAGGGACGGCAAUGCUGGAACUCGGUGCAUGCGGCACAGCGCUCAGUCUUCCACCGGACGCGCGAGCGGCUACUUGAAGCUGCUUUCCAGUCGCUGAUGCGGCUUCUGCACUUCUCCGAGUUGCACAGAGAUGUUGUGCUUCCUUCGCCCCCCGUGGAGGAGCGCAUGGACCAGCGACCAGUCAUCUCGUCUGCUUCGUCGUCGAUCACACGCCAGUGCAGAUGUGCUGCGUUUGAUUCGCGGUCCGCGCAGUUGAUUGACCGCGAAGGAGGCCCGUUGCUCAUUCCGUCGUUCUCGGAAGUUGCGUCAGGCGCAAGCGCUCGGGGCGGGGGUCACGAACCCCUGACGCCGGUUGUCGCGUCUCUUAACUCUGUGCCGUCCUGGAAAUCGCUUCUGGAGAUGCUCGCCGCUCACUAUCCGGCCUGCCUCUUCGUCACCUGGGAUGCGGACAUGCAAGCCGUUCUAGUCGUUCUCCUCAGCGAGAGCCCAGCGGAGCUGAAGAAGAUCUCGCAGGCCGCGGCAGCGCAGGGGCAGGAGCAGCAGGCCGCCGCCCGCGUGAAGGCGUUCGUGGACUUCUUGGGGGCUUUCAAGGACCUGUCCAAAUUUGAGUGUGCGUCUCCUGCGCUCGCUCGCGCUGUGGGGAACGCACCCCUUGCACGGGGGCCGUGGGGAUCCUCGAGGCACGGCGACGAGAAGAGAGGCAGUGCGCAGGGGAAGGCUUGCGGCGGAAGCAAAGAAGGCUUGGUUGUUGUUGGCCCUGGACGGGGGGGAAGGAGGACGAUGGCCGGAGCGCGACCCGACGAUUCGUCCGCGUCGCUGUGGCGCAUGCAGGAGUGGCGGAAGGUGGCGGACGGAUCAGAAGCUCUACCUGUUUGCGCAGAGCGAGGUUUCGAGGGACAGCGGGCGAUCCGCUUGCGACUGCCGAUCGGCGAUGUACUUCCUCCCUUCCGCGAUCAGAUGGGAAUCAUGCGCACCCCUGCCCAGGCGUCCGUCUGCCAGCCCCCGCUGCUUCCUUCGCACAGCCUCUAUCCUGCCCAUGCCCCAGGCGUCUUCCCGCCGGCGCAUCCUUCUCACGCAGAGUUCCACAGCUCUCCAGGCGGGCGCGCCCAGCCUCCACUCCUUCCCUCCGGCGGCCUCGGGGGGCCCACCAGACUUCAGCAAGACCUGCCCGGUCAGGACAGGCAGUUCCUCCUUUCUCAGCACUCGGGCGGUGCAUCCGGAGGCGGGGCGUACCCCUUUCUCCCGUCGCCUCUUCCGUCUUCGCUUUCCGACAGCAUCCCAUCCGGACAUGACUCUGCGAGCGGACGUUUCGACGGUUCCCAGAGGGGCCUGUCUCGCCUUCCGGGGACUGCCUUGGGCCCUGACCCGCUGGGCGCCCUGGGAAGUCGGGCCUCCUGGGCCCCCAGCGUUUGGGGCAGUCCAGGCGCGGGCGGGAGUGCCUCGUGCUCGGCGGCGGCCGCCGACGGUUCAGCGGGGCGUGGACUCGGGCGGGCUGAAUCCGACGGAGCUGGAGACAGAAGGGGAGGAUCUCUACGUCGCGGCCAGGGUGACGGGGGCCCUCCGCACGUUCCAUUCGUCUUCCUGUGGGGGGCAGACGGCGCCGCCCAGGCGGACGCAACGCCGCGCAACAGCGCCGAAGUGCAAGAAGAGGAUAUCCGGGAUCUCAUGGAUCUGAGCUUCAUGAUGGGCAGUACGCCAGUGAGCGGUCAUACUCAGGCCGUGGUGGGCUCGGGGUCCACCGGGCCGCUUCCUGACGCAGGGGAGCGGCGCGGGGGCGGUCUCUCGGCGUUUCACUCACCCAGCGGGGAUUCGUCUCGCGGUGACGCCUCUGGCCUCCAGAAACUCCAUGGCGGGCCUGCGGCGUCGGGUGAAGAGAGCUCAGAGAGAAGAGGGACGGGGGGGGCAGGUCUGGGCCGCCUGCCUCAGCAGGGACAAGACGAGGGGCCGUUGCUCUUGAGAGACGUGCCGCGGCGGGGGGAAGUCGAAGGCGCAGACGGCGCGCGGCGAUUUCCGCAGGAGCAAGCCUUGGCUAGCGGAGAAGCGUUCAUGCCUCGUCUGCCGCACGGCGAGCCGUGCGGCCCGGCGUCUCAAGGCGCGUCGAGCAGCGCGGGUCUCUCACUCAUGCGCGAGCAGUCCGCGGCGGCUCCGCCUUCCUCUCAGCAUGGAUCGCAUCUCGCCUCUCAGGGCCUCCUGCCCAGUUCGCCUGGCUCCCUGCCUGGCGCGUCUUCGGCACCGCUCCUUCCCUUCGGGCAGCCUCCCGCGGGCCCCUCUACUCAUGGCGCGGCGGGGUCGUCGACGUCUCCGCUGCUUCUCACGAUGGGACCGCAGGGAGCCGGAGGAGGGAGGGGACUGCGCUCCGCAGGCGGGGAGGCUGGCGGCUCUUCGUCGGCGUCGUCUUCGCUCGGCACGCGCCGUGCAGGACAGAGCGCGGGGCACCAGGAAGGGGCGCUUGCGCUGGAGGCAGCGCGAGAGAGAGGGGAAAACCAGGUUUUCGUGAACGGCAAGUGGUGUGUGCGGGUCGAAAUUCCACAUCCGCCGGCUGAGGCGCCACCGCACCCGAGUAUUAUGUUCCUCCACCAACAGGUUUCACGCGACAUGCAAAGCGACCUCGCUGGAGGUGAAGACCGGCGAGGACGCGAUGAGGGCGACGAGUCAGGGAGUGCUCUCACCGCGCGGGCAGCUGCGGCACUUCUGUCCCGCCGGUACUGUGAUGGAGCCGCGAGUGUCUUGACUGAGAGUGCGCUGCACGACCAGCUGAACCAACAGAGACGGGCGACCGGCGGUGCCGGCGAGCUGUGGCCGUCGUCGAACAUGGGGGUUCUGGGCUGCCAUUCAGGAGCUGCGACGGAAGGACCCGCCGUAGACAGCGGGCUCUUACUUCUGGACAGCCGGCGAAACUCUGGCGCGGGCGCCGUCGGGCGAAGUACAGACGCCGGCGUGUCGUCAAUUCAGCAGGCGGGGCCUGGGGGGAACGGAGGCGCGGCUUCCGUCCGAAGCCUGGGUCCAGUAGGCCCUGCUCCCCGCCCCUCUCCCUCUCCGCCAGGGAACAUGCCAGUCCCUCCAGCCCACAUUCAUCCUUCCCUGCGCAGCCACUUGGCAGCGACGACAUCUCGAGUUGGGUUUCCUCUUCCCGAGGGUGCGGCCUCGUUUGGAAGCGGACGAGUAAGCAAAGGUCUGAUGCCGUCAGAAGUGUUGCCUCACCAUGCCGGCGGAGCCGGGAGUGCUGGGCCUUCGCUCGUCGCGGGGCUGGGAGGAGGAGGGAAUUCCCUGUCUCCGCACUCCAGUGCAGCGGGCGUCCGGUCGAUGCAUCUGGGUCUCGGAGGCGUCAGCGAAUUCCAGGCGCAGAGACGGUCUUCAGACGACCCCACAGAUUCCGGAUCUGUGUGCCAUUUCGCCUCCUCCGGAUUCUGCGGCGUUACAGGUGGCGGGGUGGCUGCGGGGCUGGCUGCCGCCGGGGCAGCUGGAGUGUCGGGGGGAGAGAGUCGAGGCAAUUUGCGCGGUCCCCUCGGGUCUCAGCCGCGCCAGGACCCGCGUCUUUCAACGGCGCUCGACGUGAGCAGUGCGCCCGCGUCACAACAGCCUCUCCAGCCUACCCCCCGCCCCAGCGAGUCCCUUCUUGGCGCAGGGGGUUUGCCCCUGCUUCCGCCGGUUGCCCAGGCUGGCGGCGCCAAGUUGUCCGCGGGCGUCGCCGGAGACCCUAGGCGACGUGCGUCGGGCGACAACGCAGGUAUGGGGUGUGGUGACGUGUAA